AUGGGCAGUGCUAAGGAGACAGAGGCUCUGCAGUUGCUGAAUCAAGAAGCUGUUUCAGAAGAUGCUCACAAGCCCACCAGCAGCUCGCCUUGUGGUUGUAGAAAAAACAGCUGCCUCCAAAACGUCAGCUGUGCAGGUGGAGAUUUCACCAUGAGGAACUGCUGUGUCAAUGAACUCGGCCCCAAAGACAGCAGCCAAAAAGUCACCAUGGUGGAUAACCCAAACCAGAAAGAGGAGGCUCAGGCUGUAGAUCCAAAACCUUCUGUAGAUCUAGUUGCUGCUGCUGAGCCCCCUCUUCUAAAAGACACGGGUGUCGGAGGAACUCCCCCAGAAGCAAAAGGAGAAGCAGCAGCUUGCCACGAGUGGAAACAGAACAGUAAGCAGGAGGAGAGCAUGGAGGAGAUCUCAAACAGCACAGUGACCAUCUGCAGCCCUCUGGGGGAAAAAGUUAGCCCGGUUGCUGGGGAAGCACAUAGGCAUCUCCCAACAGAGCCCUGCCUCAAAGGACCCAAUAAAGACUUAUCCAGUACACCAACCUCCUUGAAACAUGUCGCAUUUCUUGAACACACCACAGGUAAAACUGAGGAGGAACGUAUCCAAAUAAAAACAGUUCAUUCCAAGAUGGGUUCAACACUUCCUGCAUGCCUGCAGAACACGAGUCGAGGACAGCCUACUGCCUCUAAAGGAGAUAAAUCACACAUCAGCAGUGUUGUUUCUGAAGCUAUGGAAUAUGGGGAAGAAGAUUCCAGAAGUCUCUUUGGGUCAGGAGCUCUGAAGGAGUCUAUUCUGGAACCCUCUAAAGCUGAAACCACCUCAGAGAAACCUGUUGCAGCCAAGAAUCCCUCGAGUGAUACUGAGGAAACAAGGUUCCCUGUUGCAGAAACUCACCCGCCUGGAAGCUCCUAUAAAGUGCCAGAUGUCCUUGUCACCAGCAUUUCUUAUGAAGUCAAACAUCAAGGCACAUCAGGCGAAUUAGAAUUAAACCCAGCUAAAUCCAUGGAAGAGAAAGCAGAGCACAGGGAACCAACAACCUCCAGCUGCAAAAGUCAGGACCAAGCUCUUGAAAAAAAAGUGGAAAUGAUUAACAUAGCUACAAGCGAGGACCAUUCAACCAAUGAGGAGAUGACAUCUGUAGGACCUCUUGCCCAGACCUGCAUAUUGGAAGUCACACCUCCCCAGCACGAUGCUGGAACUCAGGUUGAUAACCGGGUAUCUUUAGUGUCUGUAGCCAUCAGCCCUAUUAAUCCACCUGAUGGCUCUUCAGCUUUCCCAUUUCAUACGAGAGGUUUAGGGGGUUCUUCUCUGAAGAGUCCUGGUCCAGAGGUGAAACCCACAAAAAGGGAUGUGCAGAUGCAAGUGUCCAUCCCAGUGGAAACCAGAUCAGUGGCCACGGGACCUAUGACUCCGGUAACCAAAUCCCCUCAAUCGUCCUAUCCCGAAGUGUACAUUAAAGGUGCAGAGGAAGAGACAUCAGAGCCAAUACGGGAGGUCAGCUGGGAUGAAAAGGGCAUGACGUGGGAAGUAUACGGAGCCUCCAUGGAGGUAGAAGUGCUGGGAAUGGCCAUACAGAAGCAUCUGGAGAAGCAAAUUGAAGAACAUGGUCGGCAGAUGGUGAUGACUCCCCAAAGUACCCGCUCCAGUUCUGUCAAGGUUGCCACGCGUAAGGGUGAGGUCAAGAGGCAGCCCAGUGUGUUCAGGGCGCUCCUACAGAAUGUACGACGGCCGCGCUGCUGCUCUCGUGGAGGCCCAGCUGUGGAGUGA